GCUUCUGCUUAUCUUCUUCCUCCCGACAAGCCCCCCCAAGCCACCGACUUUCUUCUCCUUGAAAAGUCGGUGAGAUCUUGAUGAAAUUCCUUCCUUUUCUUGUUCAAUCACAAGAUUUGGGGCUUAGAAUCUUCCCUCUCAACCCAGAAAAUCCCGAUUCUGCUCUGUUCCUUCCCCUGUAGCCGACCGAAGCUCCUUAGCCACCGCCAUCCAUUUCCGGCCGGGAACACCGGUAAAACUUGGGGAUUUCUCCCCCUUUUCUUGUUCUAGACCAGCUAUUAAACCCAGAAAUCCCGGAUCUGUUCUACUCUUCCUUCCCCUGCCGCGAGCUGCUUUUGUCGGUGGAGAGCUUCUCGGUUUUCUGGUUUGCCGUGAGUUCCUCCAUUUCUCUCCCCGUCGGCUUCCUUCCCAGCCGGACCCGGUGCUGCUUGCCGGAGUUUCUUGGUAUGAUGGACAGCCUUUUUAUGUCUAAUUAUCAAUUAAGUAUUGUCCAUUUAGUUGCUUGUGUUGUCCGAGAUUGUGCUAGAAUUAUGGGAUGAUUUUGGGUAGCAUAAAACACGUUUUAAGCUUGGUUGUGGUAGAAAUUUCUUGAUUUAGUUGCUGUGUGGUUUAUUGGGAGAAAAUCUUGUGAAUUAGCUAGUGUUUGGCCAAUUUUGGAAGUGCAGUUACUGUUCACGCACUGUUCAUAGGCAUUGUUCACACCCCGAGGGUUAAUGAUUAACGGGGAUUUAAAGAUUUAGUUUGUGAUAUAAGAACGAAUUUGGAGAUGUCCGGUUAUGUGGAGAUUGAUAGAAAUAGCACCAUGAUUAGGGGUAGUGUUAAGGAUGAUUUUACUUUGGAUUUUGUGGUAGUGCGGUAUUAAUUGUGGAAUAUUGUGAUUAGGUUUUGAUCGUUCUGUCACCGUAGCACUUGGGUUAGCCUUCGGUUUAUGCGAGUGAGGUAAGUAAAUUAUGAUAUAGUCAUGAUUACUGACGCUUGCUAGUGGGAGCUGUAAACGCUAGCACAUGUCGACAUGUAUUUCUGUAGAACCGGUUCGUCCUGCCAAUGGGAUAAAACAUUGGCACUAUUACUGAUGCUUGCCAGUGGGAGUGUGUUAAACACUGGCACCAUUACUGACGCCUGCCAGUGGGAGUGUGUUAAACACUGGCACCAUUACUGACGCCUGCCAGUGGGAGUUUGUUAAACACUGGCCAUGACUUAUAGAUGAGACUACUGAACUGAGUUUUCUUCUGCAUUAACGGUUUGUCAUGAAUGCUUUGCAAUUAAACUGAAUCUGAUUUUGUCACUGAGCGUUUUGGUUAUAUUAAACUGUUUAUUUGGCAUGCUUAAAAGUUUUACCCAAGGGCUAUCCGUAUUUACUUACUGAGUUAUCUCAUAGUUUUCCUUGUCCACCAUUUCAGGAAUCGAAACUGAGGACGGGGAAACCAAGGGGAGUGACGAGUUAGAAGGCUAGCCAUUUCGAGAUUGAUAUAGAUUUAGAAAUAAAUCAUGCUCUUGCAAGCUAGAGUGUAUGUGGAGAUUUUAUGAUAUCAGAGCAGAUUGUAAAAUUUUAUCUUGAGAUUUUGUGGUAUCAGGUUGUGAUUUGAAUUAGUUCCGAGCCUUGUGCACUUGCAGGACCCGUCUCACGAGUGCACGGCGUCUGUCGCGCCUCGGAUUUGGGUUCUGGGGCGUGACAAUAAAUUAUUUUGUAGCAU